CGUCUUAUCCUCACGCGCCAAACGUUCCCAAUUCAGUUUCUCAUCCAUUUUCCUGAGAACCAAACGUAACCGAGAAAACAGUUCCUCGCUACCAGUGACCCUCGACGAAUUGCCUUAUUCACUGUCAGCACUCUCGGCCGCGUCGCAAAUCUAGUUUUUGUUUUUCUUUUCGGCUGCUUUUCCUUUCUUUCCAACGCGAAUUUCCAGAUCUGACUAUAUUGGAUCUGCUGUUACGAUUCAAUGUCUCGCUACGACUCUAAUCCGUUUGAAGAGGACGAGGUCAAUCCCUUCGCGGACCAAAGUAACAAAAAGGGGACAGGGCAGUCAAAUUUUGGUGGAGGUGCCUUUUUUAUGCCUAAUUCUGGAACUGUUCCUCCUGCAACAUCAAAGCUUUCCCCUCUUCCACCUGAACCAUAUGAUCGUGGUGCCACAAUUGAUAUUCCUCUUGACUCUGGGAAGGAUGUGAAAGCUAAGGAGAAAGAUCUUCAGGCAAAAGAGGCUGAACUGAAGAGGCGGGAGCAGGAACUAAAACGCAGAGAAGAUGCAAUAGCAAAAGCUGGGAUCGUGAUAGAGGAAAAAAAUUGGCCUCCAUUUUUUCCUCUCAUUCAUCAUGACAUUGCAAAUGAGAUACCUAUCCACCUGCAGCGGAUCCAAUAUGUUGCGUUCACCUCAUUGUUGGGUCUUGUGGUGUGUCUGUUAUGGAACAUUGUUGCUGUUACCACUGCAUGGAUUAAGGGAGAAGGUCCAACAAUAUGGUUUCUUGCUAUUAUUUAUUUCAUAUCUGGGGUUCCUGGAGCUUAUGUUAUGUGGUAUCGGCCUCUUUACCGUGCCAUGAGGACUGACAGCGCUCUGAAGUUUAGCUGGUUUUUCUUGUCGUAUCUGUUCCACAUCGGAUUUUGUGUAUUUGCUGCGGUUGCUCCACCAAUCAUCUUCAAGGGCAAGUCGCUCACGGGUAUCUUGCCUGCCAUUGACGUCUUGAGCGGGAAUGCCUUAGUUGGGAUCUUCUACUUCAUAGGCUUUGGUUUCUUCUGUCUGGAGUCACUGAUCAGUAUCUGGGUUAUUCAGCAAGUGUACAUGUACUUCCGAGGAAGUGGGAAAGCAGCGGAGAUGAAGCGUGAGGGGGUGAGAAGGACAAUGAUGGCUGCGCUAUGACAUGAUGAUAAUCAACAUUCAUACAUAUAAAAAAAAAGGCAUACGUGAGGGUAUCAUGGCUCUUUUUUUGUUGGGUUUGGUUGUCGGAAUGAGAGUGGCAGUGGGUGUGAGGGGUGGGCCUUGCCUUGCGGGAGUUGGACCAUCGUUACGUUCGUUCGUUCAUUCACAUUGGGAAUUGGAGAUAGUGUGUGUGAUUUGAUUUCCUACACAUUAAGUUUUAGACUCUACUUACACACACACACACACACACAUAUAUAUAUAUGCAUGGUUGCUGUUCGGAUUAUGUCUUACUUCUCCGAAGCUAGGAUAACCGAGAACAAUGUAACUCUUGACCAUUAUUCCAGAGGUUUACAGCAACA